CUCAGUUUUCAAUUUCCUCACAACAUGGCCGACGAGCACUUCAUCACGGUCACGACACCCAAGGCCGGCGCCAACAUUCUCGUUGACGUGCCCAAGACGACGCUCGAGUGGAAAAACAUCACCAAGGUCGUCAAGGUCAAGAACCCGUCAACCAAGUCGGUCGACGACAAAACGAUUCUCAACAAUGUCAGCGGCAUCGCUGUCCCCGGCGAGCUUAUCGUGCUCAUGGGCCCGUCCGGCGCCGGCAAGUCGUCGCUCCUCGACGUCAUCGCUGGCCGCCAAAACGACUACACGGGCUCCGUCCUCGUUAACGGCCAAAAGUGGACAAAGCAAAUGAAGAAGCUCUCAUCGUACGUCAUGCAGGACGACGUCUUCUACGAGACGCUGACCGUCAAGGAACACCUCCUCUUCCAAGCCGAGCUUCGCAUGGGCAAGACCUUUGACGCCGCCCAGCGCGAAGCCCGCGUCAACUACGUCAUCGAAGAGCUUGGUCUCGACAAGUGUCGCCACUCGCAGAUUGGCGGCGGCCGCAUCCGUGGCAUCUCGGGCGGUCAGCGCAAGCGCCUUAGCUUUGCGACCGAGAUCUUGACCAACCCGUCGCUCUUGUUCGUGGACGAACCGACGUCGGGUCUCGACAGCUUCAUGGCCGAGUCGGUCAUCCAACAGCUGCAGACGCUCGCGCGUGAAGGCCGCACGGUCAUUGCGACGAUCCACCAGCCUGCGUCGGAGCUCUUCGCCCUCUUUGACAAGCUCGUGUUGCUCUCGGAUGGUCAAACUGUGUACAACGGCAAGGCGUCGGACGCGGUCGAGUACUUUGCGUCGCAGG